AUGGCUCCGACGUUGAGUUCUCGUUGUAGGGUGCUUACCGCGGUCCUCCUGGCUGCCGUCAUUGUCGCGGAUGCCAGCGCAAGCGACCAUAGAUAUAGCCAAGGGGACAGCGUGCCUCUCUACGUGAACAAAGUCGGUCCCUUCAGCAACCCGAGUGAAACAUACAAGUUCUUCGAUCUGCCGUUUUGCCAGCCAGGGAAGUUCAACGAGAAGCAUCAAUCCCUCGGCGAAGUGCUGAACGGCGAUCGAAUGGUUGAGGUUCAGGCCCCCUACGACCUAAGAUUCCGCGUAGAUCACGAGCGUACGACGCUCUGCAAGCGCACGCUCGGCGUUAAGGACGUCCAGAAGUUCCGCAACGCGGUCCUGAACGACUACUAUUUCCAGAUGUACUACGACGAUCUCCCGAUCUGGGGUUUCAUUGGCAGGGUUUACGUUGUCAGUGACACGUAUGACAAGUUUGACAGUGACACGCAUGACAAGUUUGACAGUGACACGCAUGACACGGUUGACAGUGACACGCAUGACACGGUUGACAGUGACACGCAUGACACGGUUGACAGUGACACGCAUGACACGGUUGACAGUGACACGCAUGACACGGUUGACAGUGACACGCAUGACACGAACCAGCACAUUUCCAUAUUCACGCACAUACACUUCGAGGUAGAGUAUAACCACGACCGCGUGGUGGGAAUAUACGUGGCGAGUGGUGCGGAUGGAAUGGUGGUGGUGGACAAUAGCGAGGAUAAAGAGAUGGAGGUGGAAUUCACGUAUUCCGUCUCGUGGACGCAGACGGAUACGGCGUUUGAGAAGCGCAUGGAUAGGUACACGCGGUACGCGCUCCUUCCGCAGCAUAUGGAGAGACACUGGUUCUCGAUCCUCAACUCGUGCUUCACAGUGCUGCUGCUCGCCGGCUUCAUCGCGACCAGACUCACGCACGUCCUCAAGAGCGACUUAAUCAGGUACACGCAUGGCUCAGAGUCGUUAGUAGAGCCGGAGGAGGCUGGGUGGAAGUCCAUCCAUGCCGACGUGUUCCGCUUCCCGGAAAACAAGGAGCUUUUCUGCGCCAUUCUUGGCAGCGGCACUCAAUUGCUCUUCCUGGUCCUUUUCAUGUUUAUUCUCACUCUCGUGGGGGUGUUAUACCCUGACAAUCACGGUGCUUCGUGGACGGCUCUGGUGGUGAUUUAUGCUCUGACCUCUGGAAUCGCUGGGUAUGCAUCUGCGUCGUUCUACAAGCAGAUGGAGGGGACCAACUGGACGCACAACAUUGUGCUAACAGGGUGCAUGUUCGGCGGGCCGGUGGUCAUCUCCUUCUGCUGCCUCAACACCAUCGCUGCUGUCAACAACUCCACCAACGCCAAGCCCCUCACCACCAUCCUCACCCUCACCCUCAUCUUUGCACUCAUUGCCUUACCCCUCCUCGUGGCCGGCGGCAUUGCCGGCAAGAAAAGCACUGCUGCAGAGUUCCUAGCACCUUGCCGGCAUUCCCAAACCUCAAAUUCCCCGAGGGCGAUUCCCGUGCUGCCCUGGUACCGGCAUGCAGCCCCUCAGAUGGCCUUGGCUGGGUUUCUGCCGUUAAGCGCAAUUUUCUUCGAGCUGUAUUAUAUUUGUGUGGAUUGGUGGGGGUAUAAGGCCUACAUUGUCUACAGCAUCCUCUUUAUAGUGUUCAUCAAUUUCAUCGUCGUGACGGCGCUCAUGGCGAUUGUUCUCACGUACUACCAGCUUGCAGCGGGGGACCACGAGUGGUGGUGGAGGUCGGUGCUGUGCGGUGGCUCCCCCGCGCUCUUCAUAUUCGGCUACUGCUGCUACUACUACCACGCGCACUCCGACAUGACCGGAUUCAUGCAGGCGUCUUUCUACUUUGUAUUGAUGGCGUGUGUCUGCUACGGCCUCUCCCUCAUGCUCGGCACUGUGGGCUUCUGUGCCUCGCUGGCCCUUGUGCGCCGCCUCUACCGCUCCAUCCAGUGCGAAUUCACUGGCACGGAAGGUGUAACUCUCCCAUUACUCCCUAGUGAAGGUCUGCGGGAAAUCAAUCGGGCUGCUUCCGGUGCAGCAGAUGUUUGUGCGAAACCUAAAGGAGAAAUCCACCUUGAAUUCAUGUCCCUGGAGAGCCGAGUGCUUGUGCUCCUUGGACGGAAAGAGAAGCUCGACUUUUCUGGAAUCGUGCAUCGAGAUCGAAAGUUCUCGCGAACUCCGCCACUCGGAUGGAACAGCUGGAACCACUUCCAGUGCAAUGUUACCGAACACAUUGUGAAAGCUGCAGCGGACAAGCUCGUGUCAUCUGGGUUAGCAGCCCUUGGAUACGUCUAUGUCAACAUAGAUGAUUGCUGGCAAGCUAACUCCCGAGAUUCAGAGGGUCGCCUGGCGGCCUCUCCUCGCUUCUUCCCCUCUGGCAUCAAGGCACUCGCGGACUAUGUGCACAGCAAGGGGCUCAAGCUGGGCAUCUACUCCGAUUCCGGGAGGCUUACGUGUGAAGGCAUGCCAGGGUCGCUGGGACAUGAGACGAUUGACGCUCAAACUUUUGCUGAAUGGGAAGUGGACUACCUCAAGUAUGACAACUGCUUCAACGAUGGCACUCCAAACAAGAUACGCUACACAACCAUGCGCAAUGCAUUGGAGGCCACUGGGAGGGACAUAUUCUUCUCCAUGUGCGAAUGGGGGCAAGACGACCCUUCCCUGUGGGCGUAUGACGUGGCAGACUCGUGGCGCACCACUGUGGACAUUGGGGACUCGUGGAGGAGCAUGAUGCGCAUUGCAGACAAGAACAACAAGUGGGCCAAAUACGCCAAGCCAGGCGGCUGGAACGACCCGGACAUGCUGCAGGUGGGGAAUGGUGGCAUGAGGCAAUCAGAGUAUCGUGUGCACUUCAGCCUCUGGGCCAUCAUGAAGGCGCCUCUCCUGAUCGGCUGCGAUCUCUCGGUUGUUUCAAACAAGACGCUGGCUAUUCUGGGCAACGAGGAAGUCAUUGCUCUCAACCAGGACCCUCUGGGCGUUCAGGCAAGGAAGGUGCAAGUCUCUGAAGACUCGCUGAUGGAGGUUUGGUCCGGGCCUCUGUCGGAGGGUCGGCAGGUGGUAGCCCUGGUGAAUCGCAGCCCAAUCAGCUUGAAGAUCACUGCCCAUUGGAAAGCCAUGGGGCUGAACCCGGUGCAGCGCAUGUAUGCACGAGACCUGUGGAAGAAGGCAACCAUGGACUCGGUCAUCUCAGGGCAGCUGAGCGCACAAGUUGCAAGCCACGAUGUUGCGCUCUUCCUCCUCUGGCCUGCGGUGUAA